CGUGGAUCCACUGACAGAACAGUGCCAGUGGUAUGCUUUUGCGCUCCUUCGUAAAGAGGUAACUUGUAUCCAAACUUACGCAGUUGCCACUGUGUCGCUUUUUUGGAACUUUUUCCUCGACCAAGGAAUAUUCAAUUUUGUGAAAAGGUUAUUCUUUCUGAACUGAAGAAAUAUCAAGAUGGAUUUAAGAAUAUUUUUCUCCGUGUUGUCAAUUGUGUACUCUGGAAUUGUACAAACAGUUACAUCUGCCCCUAUGGGAAAAGAAACAGCGGUAGCCACCCCAGCCCCCCCGGUGCCAGUGCGCCACAUCAGGAACAAGCGAUGCUCCUGCGCAACGUUCCUAGACAAGGAGUGCGUUUACUUCUGUCAUCUGGACAUCAUAUGGGUCAACACGCCUGAGCGCGUGGUUUCCUACGGACUGGGCAACGCAUCUAGAAAGAAGCGCGCAAUCAAGGAUCCAGAGGUCUCCCAACAGGACCCUCGAUGUCAGUGCGUAAGCGAAGAUGACGGCACGUGUAUAAGAUUCUGUCAGCUGGAAAAUCACCUCAGAUACGGGACAGCAGCAGUGAUCCGUCCUGCGUCAGACACCGUGAUCCGUCCCGUGCCAGACACCGUGAUCCGUCCCGUGCCAGACACCGUGAUCCGUCGCGUGCCAGACACCGUGAUCCCUCCCGUGCCAGACACCGUGAUCCGUCCCGUGCCAGACACCGUGAUCCGUCCCGUGCCAGACACCGUGAUCCGUCGCGUGCCAGACACCGUGAUCCGUCCCACCCUUGCUGAGUAUGCUGGGAGGUGGCAGUGCAAACUCAAGCUGGCAGCCAAAACGUCUAGGAUUCAAAGGGUGAAACACAGAGACCACAAAGCAGUUCGCUCCUCAGCUCUAAGGACCACAGUGAAAGCUUGCCUGCUGCUGGAGAAGUGGACGGUGAAACAACGACACAAGCCAAGAGAAGGGAGAUGAGAAGAGAGAUGAGGAGAGAGAUGAGGAUACACAGGCGCACCUUGUGGGAGAUGUCCACAUACUCUGUCACACUCACAGAGGGUAGAGAUCCAUCCAUCUCUUUCUAUCCACCUGCCAUUGGGGACUUCAUAUGCUGUGGUCCCUGGAGAUGCAUCGGAUUCUCCACAGGAAGCCUGCCACUGGACCCCCAUGUUGGCUCAAUGGUGUGCGUCAUGAAAGGGGAUGAAUGACUGUGCUGGUGGGUGCCGCGUCCAGUCUCUCCACUGAACGUGUCCCUCUUCAUCAGUGAGAUGCAGACAGUCGGAGAUACAAGCAGGAGAAAUCAGAGGAACAGGUGUCAACGUUACUGACACCACAUCCUAAAGACAAGGAUGGACACUUGAUGGUCUUCCCAUGUACUGUCUGUGGACACACCCUUUGGACUUCAACUGCAACCUUCAAACAUAACUUCAGAUCAUAUCUGAUGACUUGAAUGACUGAAACUUGAAUCUCUACAUUCCUUUGACUGUCACUGGGUUUGAGACACCGGGCUACUUCACACAACGGCGUCAGAAGCACCUGUUGCUGCUAGCCUGGCCAAAGCUCUUGUGUCUGCUCUUUUCAAGAACAUGUUGGAUUCAAAGAAGAUCACAAUCUCAUAGACUUAUUGAAUUGACUCUAUGGCCCGGCAUAAAUAACUCAACAGAUUGAUUCCAGGUGUUGUCAUAGUUUGACUGAGGUUUCCCACCUUUGACAGACCUAACCUUUCCAAAUGAUUCAUUAGAACUUGGGAGUUUUCUGCUAAUAUUGUUUUCUGUCUGUUUGUCUGAGAUUUCUCUAUACACAUUGUAUAAUAAUGAAUCACUAUAAAUGUAAUACACAUUGUAUAAUAAUUAAUCACUAUAUAUUUAAUACACAUUGUAUAAUACUUAAUCACUAUAUAUUUAAUACACAUUGUAUAAUAAUUAAUCACUAUAUAUUUAAUACACAUUGUAUAAUAAGUAAUCACUAUAUAUUUAAUACACAUUGUAUAAUAAUUAAUUAUUAUAUAUUUAUACACAUUGUAUAAUAAUUCAUCACUAUAUAUUUAAUGCACAUUGUUCUGUCCCUAUGUCUUAUUUAUUGCAUUCAUUUAUAGUCAUAUUGGCCCAUGAUAUGAUAAUAUGUUGUAUGUCAUUUCUGUGAAAUAAUUUUGUCGCCAAGAUAGUUUUGGCAAAACUUAGGGAAAUAAAUUGUCACACUUAUUUAAAAUGACUU